AUGGCUACUCUGCUGGUGAAUCAAGCCAAUCGGGAGUUGGACGCUUCACGCAUGUACUUGGCCAUGGACAUGUGGUUCCGCUUUCAUGAUUUCCCGGGAUCGGCGUCCUGGUGUCAAACCCACAGCGUGGAGGAACGUUCCCAUGCUAUGAAGAUUUUUGAUCAUUUGGCUUUGCGCCAAACCGAAAAGGUACUGUCCGUGAGUCAAGAAGUUCUGAGCGACCACGGCAUGGAAAAGUUCCAAAAUAAUAGAGUUUCGGAGGUCUGGAAAAAGGCUCUGGAUCAGGAAGUCCAGAAUUCGCAAGAGUACUUUAACAUGGCGAAGGUAGCCGAGGAGGAAAGCGACUACGUAUCGAGAGAAUUUCUGAAUUGGUUUCUCAACGAACAACUCAUGGAGGAAAAUGCUGUCGAAGACUUGUAUCGAAAGGCAAUCAAGCUCGAGAAAACAGGCGGGUUGUACGUCGCUAUCGAUAAGGACAUGCAGGUGAUGGAUCACUAA